AGAGUGCAGUUACCAGGCUGAGAGAGCGACUAGACCAACUGGGAAACCCUCCUUAAGGAACCAUGACCACCCGGCACAGCAUCCAGCUAAUACUCGUGAUUUACUUCAACAAUGUGGUGACACAACAUGGAGGAGAGGCAAUAAAUUGUGGGAAAGGAUUUUACCUUGGAACAAAUAGAACUUGUGUCGAUGACAAUGAGUGUGGUGAAAAUGAAGCUGAAUCAUCGGCCCUGUGUGGUACCAACACAGAGUGUCACAAUACCAUCGGGAGUUUCUACUGUACCUGUAAGAAAGGAUACGCCAGUGAAUCAGGAGAAACUAACUUUACCACCAUGAUACACUGCCGAGAACAAAAUGAAUGUUACCAAAUGCCACCAGUAUGUGGCCCCAAUACAAUAUGUUAUAACACAUUGGGAAGUUUCUACUGUCUGUGCAAGAAAGGAUUCAUCACGUCUUCAGGACUAACUAACUUUACAGCUGGUUAUGGAGGGUGUUUUGAUAUCAACGAGUGUGAGACAGACCCGUGUGGUUCAAACGCAACUUGCACCAACAAGUUUGGAGAGUUUGAGUGUACCUGUAAUGAAGGAUUUAUCACAACUAAUGGAGAACGCAGCUUCACUGAUAAAACAGUCACACAAUGCCGAGAUAUCGAUGAAUGUGAGACAGACCCGUGUGGUUCAAAUGCAACAUGCACCAACAGCGUUGGUGAUUUUGAGUGCACCUGUAAUGAAGGAUUUGUCUCAACCACUGGAGAACGCACCUUUACUGAUAAAACAAUCACGCAGUGCCAAGAUAUUGAUGAGUGUGAGACAGACCUGUGUGGUUCAAAUGCAACAUGCACCAACAUGAUUGGAAGUUUCAGUUGCACGUGUAGUGAAGGAUUUGUCUCAAUCCCUGGAGGAGGUCCCUUUGGGAAUAAAAAUGUCAAACAGCUCUGCAUUGCAGAUAUGUGUAAGGAUGCAGUGGGUACAUGUGGCCCCAAUGCUGACUGUUCAAUGACAAUGGAACAGGCCAUUUGUAGCUGCAGAACAGGCUUUACGUCAACCACAGGGGAAUCUACCUUUACCGAUAAAGCAAAAACACAGUGUAAAGAUAAAGAUGAAUGCCAGGACACAGUGGCGGCUUGUGGGCAUAACGCCAGCUGUAACAACACAAUGGGAGGUUUCAAUUGUACCUGUGAUGAAGGCUUUGCCUCAUCCAUUGAAGGAUCUAACCGAGCGAUUAACUGUCAAGACCUGAUGUUGCUUCGGCCGAGAUCUUCAUCUCUCCAGGAUAUCGAUGUGUUUACCAAUCAGUAUUUCUCAAGCCUUUCGAAGAUCGAGGACAGACAUUCAGAAAUGUUCCGCAAACUGGUUUCCAACUUCCUCGAGCAGAUGGAGAAACACACCCUGGCACUUGCCAACACUUUAGGUCACGAAGAGAUGAAGAACCUCUCAACUAAUGGGUUCGAUGUCAACAUGCAAGCUAUCCGGAACAGCACAAUCCCGAAGGGCGGAAGGACAAAGUUAUCCACUUCCAGGAACAGCAUGGAUAUUAGCUGGAACAAUGUGGCAGGGAACGAGAAGUUUGAUGUUGCUGCCGCUGCCCUUAUUUCAUACAAAGAGCUGGACUCCCUGAUGAAAGACAACCAGCUGGACAGUGGCGAGAAGCUCGAGCUGAUCUCUGAAGUUGUCACUGCGGCAGUAACCAAUAAGGUCAAGGAGAACCCCUAUGAUCCAGUCAUCCUGACCUUUGAAAACAAGAAGCACUCUAACAAGAAGGUGAAGUGCGUCUACUGGGACAGCUCAGUGGCUGCCUGGUCCAUCCAGGGCUGCAGUUUGAGGGAUUCCAACGUCACAGUCACCGUCUGCAGCUGUACACAUCUGUCGAGCUUUGCUGUGCUCAUGGCCCUGCACGAUAUUGGGGAGAUUCACAGUUUCAAUCUAUACGUGAUCACCACAGUCGGCAUCAUUUUGUCACUCGUGUGCCUCUUCAUUUCGAUCCUCACAUUCAUCUUGUGUCGUUCCAUCAAGAGUGUGAGGACCACUAUUCACACCCACCUCUGUGUGAGCCUGUUCCUGGCUGAGUUCCUGUUCCUCGUUGGGAUAUCUCGGACUGAAAACAAGACCAGUUGUGCUAUCAUCGCUGGACUCCUGCAUUACCUGUUCCUGGCCUGUUUCUCUUGGAUGCUCCUGGAAGGUAUCCAGCUCUACCUCAUGGUGGUGAAAGUGUUCAAUGCAAACAGCAUGCGCCUGAGGUACAUGUGCCUGUUUGGCUACGGCUUUCCCCUGCUGGUGGUCACCAUCUCAGCCGCUGUGUACUCUGAAGGAUACGGGACAGACAGAUAUUGCUGGUUGAGCCUGAAGUCAGGUUUCCUGUGGGCUUUCAUUGCUCCGGUCUGUGUCAUUAUUCUGGUUAACGCAGGAUUCUUCAUCCUUACUGUAUGGCGGCUCGUCAAUAAGUUUUCCAGCCUUAAUCCCGAUAUGAGCGAGUUGAAGAAAGUCAGGGCCUUCACGUUCACGGCCAUCGCUCAGCUCUGCCUCCUGGGAUGUACCUGGAUAUUCGGAAUGCUGCAUUUCCAGGAGAACACCAUUGUCAUGGCCUACGUCUUCACCGUCAUCAACAGCCUGCAAGGAGCAUUCAUCUUCAUCCUGCACUGUCUCUUCAACAAGCAGGUGAGGGAUGAAUACAGCAAGGCCUUCAUCAGAGUUUGCCAAAUGAAGAAAGCAUCGAAAUACUCUGAAUUUUCGACCUUUUCCACCCAGGGCUUGAAAAGCACAAACGAAACAGGAAUGUGAAGGGGAGAACACGUGGUCACACACUGAGCUAGCAGGAGAGCUGCUUAUUUUGGUGCAAUCGAGAGACAGUGAGAGAGCCAUUGCACUGACUGACUCUGCCUGGAACUGAGAGGGUCUGACUUGUCCCGCUCCUGCUGCCCAGUUUUCCCACAGCCUCUCUGUUUCAACGUGGUACGAACUUUCAAUGGAAGAGAGUUCAAUGGAGUUUGGGUGGGGGGGGUGUGGGUGCCAUUCCUAAAUUCCGAAAUGUUCUCACCCACUGGGGUGCAUUUGCUUCCAUGGGCAUCUUUCGCAAUGGGCUUGUACAACUCUGAGGAUUUGGCCUCACUGCACAAUAACGAUGCUGCGGUGGAUUAUACACCAUCUUCUCCCCUUAAAUGGAUCUUCCAGGUCAUGAAAGGGCUCUUGCUCCCUGGGCUGCUGUGUUAAAGGUGAAAUGUGGCUGGUGGGGGUAUUUUCAAUCUCGUUCACACUCCAAUUGCCCCCACGAUAAUUGUCCCAAUGAUCCGUCAGUCCAUGGAUUUCUAAAGCAUCCGUUGGGUGAAGGAGGUUUUGCCAAACGCAGAGCUCUGUCUGAUCCUGGGCACGAUUGUGGUGCAGUCUGUGAAAUCAGACAGGGCCCCACACCGAGAGGAAAAAAAUAUAUACCCUGGUUUUGACUCAA